GGCGCCCGCCGUGUCCAUGGGCUGCUCCUCACCCGCUUCCGACAUGCUGGGCCGGGGCGCGGCGGCUCCUCCGCCGCCGCUGACGCUGACGCCGCGGGGCCCGCUCGCUCCACCCGCCGGGACGGCGCUCGCGCCUCGGGCCUCGCCUCCGCCCGCGCCGGCCGCCGACACCUCGCGCCGCCGCCGCCGCCGCCGCCACUCGGGACCCGCCGACGAGACCCUCGGCCCGCGCGGUGCUGCCGCCUGA